AGAAUGUCUCUCGAACCCAGAAAACCCCAGUGGCCGGGAAGGCGACCACCCUGGAAUGUAGGGACGAAGAAACCCCCCUCGGAGGAAAUCCUAAUGCUCGUCUUCUCUCGCCUUACUACCUCGACCUCCUCGACCUCCUUCGCAACCCUAAGAAGGAUGCCUCGUUUCUUGCCGAGAUGGCCGACAUCCUCCGAAGCGCUCCCGCCGCCGCCUUGCAGCCCUCUCUCGAUUAUACCUCGUUCCCUUUUCUCCUUUUGCUGGAUGCCGCGGUGCAGUGUUGAGAAGAAGGCAGACUCGGAUGGGGGUUUUGGGAAUGGCGGUGCCUCAUUAGGUGGGCAUGCGAUCAGUGAUUCUGUGGCAGAAGGGAUGCUAAUGUGCCUAGAAGAACUUUUAAAGAAAUGCCAUCUUGGAUGGUUGUGGUGCUGAAGAAAAUUACCACUGGAGCUAUGCUUUCACAUUCUGUGGCAUCGGAAGAAUUUCGUUAAGGAAUAAUAAGAUGCUUUAGGGCGUUGCUUCUCAAUUUACAACCUUGCUCUGUUAGUUCGUGUUCAUGCAAACAAAGGGUUAUCAUGCCUACAUCCAAAUCUAUUGAUGGUGCUUUUGUGCAUCCUAAUACUCUCUCAAGGGAUUGUGUAGAAUCACUAGAAUGUUUGCUAGCAUUUCUCCAAUCUCAAAAUGCUUCAGCUGCAGUAGGGCAUUGGCUAUCACUUCUUCUCCAAGCUGCUGAACUUGAGGCACUGAGAGGCCACCGUGGAAGUGCAAAUCUCCGGAAAGAGGCAUUUCUGACCCUUCGAGUCCUUGUUGCCAAGGUUGGUACUGCUGAUGCACUUGCCUUCUUUCUACUGGGCGUUGUAAGCCGUUUUGCAAAGGCCUUAUAUGUAUCAAAAAAUAUGAUUAGUGGUGCUGCUGGAAGCUCUGUAGCCAUCGAGCAGGCUAUUUGUGGUUUGAUUGAGUUCUUGAUUAUUGUUUUAGAUGAUAAGGCAAAUCUUCACUCCCUUGAGAUGCCUGUAAAUGAUAUUGGAUCACUUUCACCCAUGGAAAAUAAAUCUACCCAAUCUGUCCUAGAGGCUCUUCGUAGUUUACCUUUAAAUGGUCAUGUUCAGUCAGCAAAUAUGAUUGGAGAUUCAUUUAAUCAAGCUAUCAACGAUGAUCAUAAACGAAAGAUAGUUGAUCAUAGCAAUGGCAAAAGAAAUUUAUUCGUACAUCGUUCCAAGGAGUGGAUUGUUGAAACUUCUUCUAAUGUUGAUAAAUUAAUGUCUGCUGCAUUUCCACAUCUUUGUAUUCAUUCUGCAGAAAAGGUCAGAAAAGCACUUGUAGAUGGCAUACAGGGGCUUCUGUUGAAUUGCAUAUGCACUUUGCAAAGAAGCAAAUUAAUUCUUUUGGUCAAUGCAUCAUGUUUUUUGGAGUGUUUUGGAUUAUGCUUCAGUCAUAAUUCACGGUUUGCUGGUUCCAUGAAUAACCUAAUUUUGUCAAAACCGCUUUCAACUGGAUACUGGCUUUCCAUUGCUGAGCUGAAAGCUGGCAAUAUCUUGAGUUCUCCUAGAAAUCUUACUAAGGAUGCCACUUUUCCUGUUGUUUCCAAAAUUUCUAUUUUGCAAGAUGAGGAUUUGCAAAGUCCUUCAGAAUAUGUACGUAGUGUUUUGGAGUUUCCUCACAUGCCUCCUUGGUUUGGUAUUGCCGGCAGUCAGAAACUAUACCCAACUCUUGCUGGAGUACUUAGACUUGUGGGGCUGUCCAUAAUAUCAGGACACGAGAGCAAUAUGUUUUUAUCAGUUCUUGUUGAUAUCAGAGCUUCGUAUGAAAGAAUAUGGCAAAGAAGGGUGGAAAACUUGGUAUUUUCAUCAUGGUUCUGGCCAGUUAUUGCGCAAGACAAGUUCUGCAGUUUGCAUGUUAAAUGAGAUAAUAUAUGGAUUAUCAGAACAGUCAGUUAAUACAUAUUCAACAUUCUUUAAAAAGUCUAGGGAAGAAACCUUGCAAGAAAAGAAACUUGCAUAUGAUGAUGACAAGUCUUCAACUUUCAAAUGCCAAGGAUCAGCUUGGAAUAUGAGAGAGGGAAAGGAUAAUAGGGAUGCUACAAUUCUUUCCAUUGCCAGCAUUUUGCAUGAAUAUUUGUCACCUGAAGUGUGGGACAUUCCAUUGGAUCAGAAUGCACCUCUGCUGGAACAUGAAAUAGAAUUAGAUCUUCCAUUACAUUUCUUCCUUGACACCAUAAUGCUGCAACAGGAAAUGUAUUUUCACCAAUUAAGUUCUUGACUCAGUUUCUUGAAUGUUCUCCUAACCUUGAUAUUGAUUAUUUUUUAUGGUUCAUUGGUUCAGGUGAUGUUAGAUGGAAUAGGCAUUUUCAGCAUAGUUCUUGGAAAAGAUUUUAUAAUCUGUGGAUUUCUGCACUUUUCUCUUUAUUUAUUUUUAAGGAACUUGAUUUGCUCUAACAGUGAGAUAAGAAUUGCAUCAGAUGCUGUCCUACGUGUUCUUUCUGUUUCGUCCGGCCAUGCCACCGUAGGGCAGUUGGUUGUGGCAAAUGCAGACUAUAUUAUUGACUCUUUAUGUUACCUGUUGCGGCAUUUGGAUAUCAAUCCCCAUGUUCCUGAUGUACUUGCUACUAUACUUUCCGAUGUCGGUACUGCUCGAGAUAUUCUGCCAUUGUUGGAGGAGCCGAUGCGAGCUGUCUCCUCAGAGUUAGAGGUCCUUGGUAGGCAUCAACACCCAAAUUUAACUAUUCCAUUUCUAAAGGCUGUGGGUGAAAUUGCAAAGGCAUCACAAACUGAAGCAUCUUCUUUGCCAGAUCAGACAGAAAUAUUUAGUGCACACGUCAGCUCCAAGAUUCUUAUAAUGCAAAAAUGGAUUAAUGAGAAUCAUGUGGAUAGUAGCUCCUUCUCCAUGUGUACCGAAUCCCAGGCUUUAGAAAUUGGAUCUGUCAAUUUUGAUGAUGUUAGUCUUCACUUGGAAUAUUGGGAGGAAUUUUGUUUAAGUUUAAUGAGAUGAAAAGAUACAGAAGAAUUGUUGGAUCUCUUGUUGGAUCAUGCUUAAAAGCUGCAUCACCACUUGUUUCUUCACAGAAAGAAUCAGCUUGUCUGGUGUCUCUGGACAUUUAUUGAGGAUGUUUCUGUAUCUCUUGCAAAAAUGGAGGAAGCUUAUAAGCACGAGAAACAAACCAAAGCAGCAAUCUGGGAAGCAGUUCAGUUGCUAUCACUAAAUGAUCUGAAAGAUGGGAUGGAGGCUGCAGAUGAGGAAGCUGACGAGAACAGAGUGCUUCCAGCAAUGAACAUAAUCUGGCCUUAUUUGAUUCUUUGCCUUAAAAAUAAGGUUUCAGUGGUUGUGAUCAGGAAAUGCUUGAAUAUGCUGCAUAAAGCAGUUCAAAUUGGUGGCGGGGACUUUUUUGUUCGCCGGUUUCAGAAUGAUGGGCAUACUAUAUGGAAGUUGCUUACUUCAUCCCCAUUUCGAAGGAAACCAAUGCUAUCAAAUGAGGAAAGAAUUCUUCUCCCUUACCGAAGUAAUUCUAUCACUUCAGAAGAACCUAUGGCUGAAGUCUCCAGCCAAAAAAUCCAGGCAGCAGUAUUGGACAUGAUUACCAUGAUAUGUUCAGACAAGAGGACUAGUUCAGCAUUACAGACAGUCCUGAAGAAGGUUAGUGGUAUUGUCGUAGGUAUUGCUUGCAGUAGCAUGGCAGGUCUCAAAGAUGCAUCUCUAAGGGCAUUAUCAGGACUUGCUUGCAUUGAUUCAGACCUUACCUGGCUUCUGCUUGCCGACGUCUACUAUUCCCUGAAUAGAAGGGAUGUUAUCCUUCCACCAUGCCGAGAUCUGGCUGGGAUUUCUGAGCUGCUUCCUGCCACAUCAUCCAAAAAGGAAUAUUUGUUUGUGAAUUAUGCAGGAGAAGAUUUAGGCUUUGAGAUAGAUCCUUCAUCCGUGGAGGUAGUAUUUAGAAAGAUGGAAUCAGAAGUUCUUUUAUGAUAACAUUUGUACAGUCGGAUCUGUAUCAUGUUGAAUGUACUCUGUAAAUUUGUGGGAGAUGUUAAGAAUCAUUGAGAAUGUAAAAGGGCAUUAGAUGUCACUUUGCACAUGGUAGUUAUAAGAUUAUGUUACAUGCGGAGGCUUUUAGUGCACGUUUCCCAAAUGUUCGAGGCAAUGUUUUCAAAAGGCAUUUUCCUUUUCUAGCAAGGUCUCAAAGAUGCAUCGCUAAUGGCAUUAUCAGGACUUGCUUGCAUUGAUUCAGACCUUACCUGGCUUCUGUUUGCCAACGUCUACUAUUCCCUGAAUAGAAGGGAUGUUAUCCUUCCACCAUGCCGAGAUCUGGUGGGGAUUUCUGAGCUGCUUCCUGCCGCAUGAUCCAAAAAGGAAUAUUUGUUUGUGAAUUAUGCAGGAGAAGAUUUAGGCCUUGAUAUAGAUCCUUCAUCCGUGGAGGUAGUAUUUAGAAAGAUGGAAUCAGAAGUUCUUUUAUGAUAACAUUUGUACAGUCAUCUGUAUCAUGUUGAAUGUACUCUGUAAAUUUGUGGGAGAUGUUAAGAAUCAUUGAGACUGUAAAAGGGCAUUAGAUGUCACUUUGCACAUGGUAGUUAUAAGAUUAUGUUACAUGCGGAGGCUUUUA